CGGCGCGGAUGGUCCUUGUCGCGUGGUGCGGGUCCGAGCCCGGCGCGAGCGGUCGGCGGCAGUCAGCGGCGACAGUCAGCGGCGGCGAGAGCCAGCUGCGAACGACCCGAACGAGGCGCGCGAGACGAGCCGGCGUGAGCGUAGGUCAGACGCACUGUCCUUGGUUUGACGACAAAGCGCGCGACACGGACGGGGAAUGGCCGCCGACAUACCUGAGAUUGUACGAUUGGCUCGAAGGGAAUUCAUCUCCGGAAAAACAAGGGAUGUGUCAUUCAGAAGGAAAACCCUUCUCGGAUUGCUUCGUUUCUACGAGGAAAACAGUGAACAGCUUGCCGAGGUGGUCUACAAAGACAUCAAAAAGCCGCUGGAGGAGACAGUCAUUUCGGAAAUUACGAUUCUCCUGAAAGACUGCAAGACCAUGUUGGCAAAUCUAGAUGAUUGGUCAAGAGCAAAGACGGUGCGCCGCAGCCUGGCCUCGCUGCUCGACUGGCCCUACCUGCAGCCGCAGCCGCGCGGCCUGGUGCUCGUCAUGUCGGCAUGGAACUACCCGCUCCAGCUGGCGCUGGUACCCGUGGCCGGGGCCAUCGCCGCUGGCAACUGCGUGCUCAUCAAGCCGUCCGAGCUGGCACCGGCCACAGCUUCUUUCCUAGCCGAGACGCUGCCGCACUACCUGGACCGCCGCUGCUUCCCGGUGGUGUGCGGCGGCAUCCCCGAGAGCCAGCGGCUGCUGCAGGAGCGCUUCGACUACAUCUUCUUCACGGGCAGCGCGGCCGUGGGCAAGAUCGUACGUGAGGCGGCCAAUCGGCACCUGACGCCCGUCACACUCGAGCUGGGCGGCAAGAGCCCGGUGUACCUGGACGAUUCCGUGGACAUGGAGUACGCGGCACGGCGUAUCCUCUGGGGCAAGGUGGUCAACCUGGGCCAGACGUGCAUCGCGCCUGACUACCUGCUCUGCAGCAAGGCGACAGAGGCGGCGUUCGUGGCGCAGGCGCGCCACGUCCUGCACCAGUGGUUCGGAGCGCGGCCGGAAGAGGCCGCCUCGCUGGGCCGCAUUGUCAACAGCGGACACUUCGCGCGGGUGAAGAAGCUGAUGGAGAGCAGCGGCACCGUGGCGCUGGGCGGCCGCUGCUUCGCCGGCGACAACUUCAUCGAGCCGACGGUGCUGACGGACGUACGGGCCGACGAGCCGGUCAUGCAGGAGGAGAUCUUCGGCCCGCUGCUACCCAUCGUCACUGUCGACUCGGUGGACGAGGCCAUCGACUUCAUCAACAGCCGCACGCCCGAGGCCCUAUCACUGUACGUCUUCUCCACGAGACGACGCGUGAAGGAACGCCUGAUCCAGGAGACGGCCUCCGGCACCGUCAUGUGCAACGACACCAUGUACCACGCCAUCGUUGAACAGUUGCCGUUUGGAGGCGUGGGCGUCAGCGGUAUGGGUGCCUACCACGGCAAGCACUCGUUUGACACGUUCACACACUACAAGCCGGUGCUGGAGCGCAAUUUUAACCCGCUGGUGGAGGCGUUCUGCUCAGUGCGAUACCCGCCUUACCUGCCGAUCAAAGUUGCCUUGGCCAAGCUACUCCUGAAGAAUCCGGCGGUGCCAAACCUGACGCCGCUUCGGUACAUGCUCACCUUUCUCCUGGGGGCAGCAUUCGUCAUGGUGAUGCGAGCUCUCGCUCAGAGGCUCGGGUAUGAGGACCAGAUGCCGGACUUCAUGCGCUGACCGCGGCCGUCGCAGGCUACAACGGCUCGCCACCCGCGCCUUUCACCGACUUCUGGUGGCUUCUGCAGAUGAGCUGUCGACACACGGCAGUGCCGCCAGCCCCCUGUCAACCGUGUCUCUCUACGCCGGCUGAAAUAUGGCUACGGAGAUGGGCGUGAACGGGAGAUGCGGCAUUGCUAAAGUGAUCAGGCUGGUGCCGGCAAACAUGUCCAUCAAGUGGUGCAGCUGAUGACAUGCGAUUUGACGCGCACUGCCAACUAUGAUUCCUGUGUUCAUUAAACGAUACCGGCCAGUCGAGUGUUUUGUUCAUGUCCUCAGAGCCUUGCCCGUGUUCUGAUGCGCUGACUUCUCACCUGUCGCACGUAGCGCACUUUUUUAUAAAAGGAACACAACGUUCGUCAUCACGCCCCUUCUAUGGAACGCCAGCGAACGCAUUGCCCAUAUUCGGCCAUAGGCUCCACUCACACAUGCUUUAACACACUUUUACAGUCACGCAUACAUAACGUUUGGCUCAAUAACAGAACAGCAGUCCUUCGCCACUUGUCAUGCUUAUGCCAAGCUUUUUAAAUGACGGGUGAGCGAGAAUUCAUGGACCCGUGCUGGUAGACUUGUUCUCGCAGCUUUGGUGUUCGUGAAAUGCCUGUUAGAUUCACGUGUGAAUCCUUGGGCUUCAUAACGCGCAUGCUAAAUUUGCGUGUGAAAGCAUGGUGUUCAUGAUGUUUAUGCUAGAUUUGUGUGUGGAACCAUGGUGCUCGUAAUGUGUUUGACAAACACGGGUGGAAAAUUGUGAGAAAGCGGGUGAGGAAAAUGCUAUAAGUGUGUGAAUGUCGGUAAAUGUUGAUGUUGCCUCAACGAGACAAGCUGUGCUUCGCUCUCCAUCCAUUAUGCUACAUGCUGUUUUGAUUUCCGACCCAGUUCAAUACAUUGUUUUUGCUCGAA